AUGCCAUCCAGUGCAGUCACUGGCUCUCCGGACUCGACCAGAUCCCGCGGGGGAAGUGGUCCACGACCUCAAGCCCGCUCGGCUGGAGGAGCUGAGAGAGCAACCCGAAACGAAAGCUUGUCAGACCUAGUACGCUUUUUCCAAACACAGAACACGGCCGCUCCAGUCAUACCCACAAUUGGCUCUCCCGAUUCGACAACAGCGCUACCUGCCGUCCUGUCCCCAGAGCCCAAGGAGCCAACAAUUUUGGUGACCAAGGAAGAGUUCAAGCCUUUUCAUCGUCGCUUGCUACAGUUUGCUCGUCAAAAGAAAGAAUUAACACCAAGGUCCAGGGUUGAGGAGAACAAGCGGCAAAUCGAGGCGCUACAUCGAGAAGGUUAUCUCAUGACUACUUCAAAACCCAAAAGUGCUCUUGAUCGUCCAAAAAAUAGCAUGGAUCAGUCAAAGACCAGCUUGGAACGACCGAAGAGUAGCUUGGAGCGAACUUUCUCUAGAUCAAAGAAGCAGGACGUCGAAGCCAUUGGCCGGCCAUGGCUCACCAGAAGCGACAGCAAUACCGGGUCUCUCGAUCCCAAACGUCGGCUGGCUUCAUUGGACUUGGAUGACUUUGGCUCCAUGCUCGACGCCGCUGUUACACUUUCGGAGUUUGACGAUACAUCACCACCGCCCUAUCAGCAAUCCAAUUCCAGUGCCCCGGGAUCUCGCAAUGAUCAAACCCCUAGGUCCCAGCAAUCAUCUGUGCUGCCGUUACCAAGGGCUUCUUCGGAGGCUUGUUUAAGGAGCAUUGAUGAGCCAAGAUCAUCAUCAGUCUCCAUGGUAGAAACCCAGGCAAGUGGGUCAAGAGAUGAAGAUCCGCCAUGGCCGCCAAGCUCCAUCCAGAUGAGCACAGGUGUUGGAAAGCGACACUCUCGAGCUCCUUCGCAAGCAGGCAGCAUUCAAUCCACAGCAGUUGGUUCAUCAAUCCAUAGUGGACCGAAGCAAGAUAAAAUUGCGGAGCAGCCCCAAGAACCAGACCAGGCACCUCCUAACCCACCUGGAAAUCCUUCGCCGCCCUCGUUGAAGCUUUUCCCCGAUGUUGCCCCUCCACGUCUUUCCAGCAUGAAUGCAUUGCGAAUUUCAUCAGGAUCUCGUUACCAAAUUACUACUACCAAAACGGCUCCACCACCUCCACCUGAUGCUCAACUCAAGACUGCCAAGAAGGAAGCAGCCCCAGAGAAGAUGCGGCAAUCAACAGAAAUCCAAUCAGGGAAGGCUGAGAAAGUUCCAGGAGAGCCAAUAUGCUCGGGCGCUCUUGACACUACAGCUUCUAGCGAGCCUCCUGCAGUUAUCAGCAAACCUAGAGUCGUUUCUGCGCAGGGUCAGACUCAGGGACAGAGAAAAUCCCGUCCACCUUCACUGGCGAUGGGAACUCUCCAUGCAUUCCCUCUUCCGGCACCCACGAGGCCUCUCCCAUCGAUUCCUAAAUCCAACACACUCGCCCCUCCCGUGGACCCAAGGACCCCAAUGCGAACUGCUCGAUCGGGAUCUAAGCUUUUCGAGAUCCAGAACUCCCAGCCAUCUCCUAUUGCAGAGGAACCUCGUGAGUCGGAGUCACGAGCAACUACAACUCUUGAUCGUCGUGCUGCAGAGUCACUAGGUGAUAUAAAGUCUUCUGAAGCAACUCCCGAGCGGCUCAAUUCCACGUCGCCGGAGCUUUAUACAUCAAGACAACGCUCCUCGAGUGUACGUGCUCCACGUAUACGGGAUCUUUCUGAGAGUCUUUCGGACUACAGUGAGGGGCAACCUACCAAGGAUCAACCUCUGGCUGAUUCUCCUCUUCUGGGUCAAUUUUCAUCCACAAAGUCUCAUACAAGGCGGCCUUCACUCAAAAGUCUCCGAAUUGAUUCUUGCGUUGAUCAAAACAAACUUCCUUUCGGUCUUCCUUCUCCUCCCCCAUCUGCAGCUCUCCCGCUGGAUCCUCCUGCGCAGCAGCAGCAGCAGCAGCAGCAGCGAUCUGCGGAACGGCCAGCUCACCGAAACCAUUCUGCAUCCACUGAGCCUGGACUCAUGGCCUCACGAAGCAUGGAAAUGGCUAUGCUUCCUCCGCAUCAUCACCAAGCCUCGAUGCUCUCAAGAAGCAACAGUUCACAAAGUAGCCUCCGCCACGAGUGCAUCCCUGAAUCACAUGAACAGGCCAGCCGAGCCGAAUCACCCCUCCCAUCCUCCGAUGACGAGGGCUUUGGUCCCCGCGUCGGCAAACAACGAGCGCACCGUGUUACUGAUAAGCAUAACCCGCGAGCUUACCCAAUUAGACGUGGCUAUGAGAGUGGUGACUCCCGCUCUGCUCACAGCCGGCCACGCUACUCCCACUCAAUGAGACCCUUGACACCACAGGAUCGUGGCCACAGCAGCCAGAGCUAUGAACCGUCCAUGUCACCUCAAUCGCAAUACUCACAAGCCACCUCCCGGUCGCGUCACUCACAGAGCGCGCAUCGUGCUCAAGCCCCAUCGCAUGACCCUUACCUUGAAGACCGAAUCGCCAACCUCGAACGUCAAAAUCAAGUCUUACAAGCAGCUCUCAUGGCAGCCCUCAAUGCCGGGGUGAAGCCCAAUCUGGACCUCCAUGAAUCUGCCAUGCCUUCUGCAUUUCCAUCUUCGGGAUCCGGAAAUCAUUACCAGGGAGGACGAUUCGCAUCUCGUCCUGAUAGCUGGAUGAGCUCAUCGCGGAGCAGCGAUCUCAGCGGGUUCGAGACACCUAGCUCUUCUCGUGAUCCUCGUGUGAAUACUCGUCAGCUAGACAAUAUGCUUGAAGAUAUUGAGUCUGGUUGGAUGUCGGACAAGUCAAGUCUCAGUGGAGCUCGCUCCAUGGUCCGAAACCGUUAA